AAAGCCCUGGGAGAAGACGUCCGGAGCCCGGAAAUCAUUUCAGAAAUUUCCCCAGUCAGAUUCUGAGGGAUGGAAAUCCUGGAGAGACCUGAAAAGUCAGCUUGCACAUUUAAAAUCUGAAGUUUCAUUUCUAAGUAAACUUACUGGCAUCAAUAUAAGAAAUUAUUCCAAAACUGAGGACAUUACAAACAAUGAAGUGACAGAAAAGGAUACAAAGAAAAUUCUACAGAGACACAGAUUAUCAGGAAAUUGCAGCAUGGUUACAUUUCAACUGGAAUUUCAGGUUCUGGAAAUUGAGACUAAAGAGAAAUCAUCAUCUGUUAUAACUGACCUCAGCAUAAUAAUGGAACCCACAGAAUAUUCAGAAUUAAGUGAAUUUGCAUCUAGAGCAGAAGAAAAAAGAGAUUUGCUCAUGUUUUUCCGAAGUCUACAUUUUUUUGUGGAGUGGUAUGAAUAUCGUAAGAACACAUUUAAGCAUUUUAAGGAGAAGUACCCAGAUAGCGUGCACCUUUCAGAGGGCACCUGCUCCCACUGCAUGGAGAUCCACAGUGCCAGGCAGCCAGGGUUUGAACUAGUGAUUGUUUGGAGGAUACAAAUAGAUGAGGAAGGGAAGGUUUUCCCAAAGCUGGAUCUUCUCACCAAAGUCCCAGAGCGAGCCCUGGAGCUGGACAAGAACAGGGUCAUAGAAACUGCUCCUCUGAGUUUCCGAAGACUGCUAGGAGUACUUGGAAUUGAAGCUGCUCUUGACAGCCUGAUAAAAUUGCUUUGUGUGGAAAAUGACUAGUUCCGUGCUGGCAAGCAUAUAGGAAUAAGAUUCUGGGCUGGGGAACAUGUGACUUUUGUUAAGUAUGAACAUCUGCUCUUUUCAGACAUGCUUUGUAUGUGCACUAGUGGUACAUUACACAGAACUCCCAGAACAUAGAAAUAAAGCUUUUCAGUAUGUUAAAAGCAA